GCACUGCUCAAGUUAGUCUUUUCACUUGUCUGGCAGCACUUUACAGUCAGAGACGUGUGCACUGAACAAGGAUGUAACAGGUGUUCGACAAGCGAUUGAUAAAAAAUUACACGAGUGUUAAGAUGUCCGAUAAGAAUAAAAAGGUCUCGGCUUUUGCGGCCUAUCACUGCGCCGCAACCUCAAAGAAUGUACAAAAAGGAACAAAGAGUGGCCAAAAACAAGUUGCCGGCAAAAAUGGCAGCCAAAACGUGGCCGCCAGAAACGGUAACAAGAGCGUGGCCGCAAAAAAUGGCGGAAAGCAGAAGGGUCAGCCGCAGAAGAAUGGUAGCUACAGCGACGCCGACAACUGCAGCAGCAGCGAAUCGGACGGCAGCAGCGGCGAUGACGAGGAGGAUGACAGCUCCACCAGCGAAAGCAGCAGCGACUCCCACGAUUGCAGUGAUCAUUUUGAUUCCGCCGACAAUGGCGACGAGUACACGCUGAAUAGCCACUCCGGUACAGGCAGCUCGUCCCAAUCCUCGCCAGAAACUCCGGCCAAAAGGCGUGAGUCACUGAAGCCUCGCCACGAUGAGGAGGGCGGCAAGCCCAUCGGCGCUAAGCGCACUUCAUCCACCCCAGUCGGCCAGUCGACAUCGGCUGCCAGGACCACUCUAGCAGGACAGCAGCCAAAGGCGACCUCCUGCCCCAUCAAACGUAAGUCGCUGCCAGCUGCCAAAGAAUCGGAAACCGUUGCCGCCGCCGCCACCACAGCAGAUGCCAAGUCGUGUCCACUCCCACCCAAAAAAAAGAGGUUGUCCCAAGCUGCCCCGGCUGCAGCCGAUUCAUGUCCGCUGCCCAGCAACAAGAACACCAAGGUUCCAGUCAAGGUGGAGGGGACGUCGCCGCUCCUACUGUCGCUGAAGAAGGAACCCGUGGCCAGCAUGCCAUGCAGCAUUCAAAUCGGUCUAAUUAAACCUGUUCAACCUGGAGCAGGAGCUUCCAGCCAGGAGCCAUUAAAUCAAGUGCACAAGGAAAACAGCAUUGAAGAGGGAAAGCGCGAAAUGGCUGAGCUCAUUGCUCCGAUGACAAUGGCAACCUUCUUGCGGGACCACUGGGAGAAGGAGGCGUUUAGAGUGGACAGCACGACACCAGGAAGAUUCUCUAAUCUAAUAUCAUUCAAUAUGAUCGACCAAAUGCUGAUCGAGAACCACGUGGAGUUUACCACCAACAUCGAUGUCACCAGCUAUGAGGGCGGCGUCCGGAAGACCUUAAACCCAGAAGGUCGUGCCUUGCCGCCCAGCGUUUGGGCGCACUAUCGACGCGGCUGCAGCAUCCGUAUCCUGAAUCCCUCCACCUACCUUAUCGCACUGAGGCAGUUGUGCAUCAAGCUGCAGGAGUUCUUCCAUUGCCUGGUGGGGGCCAAUGUAUAUCUAACGCCACCCGGCAGCCAGGGAUUCGCCCCGCACUACGAUGAUAUUGAAGCCUUUGUUCUCCAGGUGGAGGGCAAGAAGCGCUGGCGCAUCUAUCCCCCCACCAAAGAACUGCCCCGUGAAUCGUCGGGCAACCUCAGCCAGGCCGAAUUGGGCGAUCCCAUCAUGGAUAUUGUACUGAAGCCGGGCGAUUUUCUAUACUUUCCACGCGGCUGGAUCCACCAGGCCAUCACAGAGAAGAACUCGCAUUCGCUGCACAUUACCCUCAGCGCCUACCAGCAGCAGUCGUACGCCAAUCUGAUGGAGAAGCUCAUGCCCCUGGUCAUUAAGGAGAGUGUCGAGCAGACCUUGAAUUUGCGCAAAGGCCUACCGCUGAACAUCUGGCAACACGUUGGCCUGGCCAACGACAAAACUACGGGGCCGCACCGCAAAAAGAUGAUCCAACAUAUCCAGAAUCUAGCGAAGCGUCUGGUGCCCACCGAGAGUCAGAUCGAUCAGGCCUUGGACCAGCUGGCCAUACGUUUCCAGCACGAGGCCUUGCCUCCCGCCAUUGCGCCCGCGGAGAUGAUGCACACUGUAUACGGUAUACGAAACACCGCCGAUAAAAAUGGCCAUUGCUCGCAUGAUUACAACUUCACUGAGGGGACGGCAGUGCGUCUGCUGCGUGCUAAUAUCGUACGCCUGACGGGCGACGAGGGUUUCCUGCGCUGCUACUACUACUCGGACAAUGGUCUCGAGUACUGCAAAUAUGAGCCGAACUUCUUUGAGCUGGAACCGAGCCAGGGUACUGCUGUCGAGAUGCUAAUUCAAGCCUAUCCCCACUAUACAAAGAUAAAAAAUCUACCCCCGAUGGGCAACGAUGAAGACCGCUUGGAGUUUGCCGAAGCCCUCUGGGAGCGCGGUAUCCUUAUGGUUGAGAAGCCCUUCAGAAAUCAUCCAUAAGUUGGGGCAUCUCCCCCCAAAAGAACCGAACCCAAAGCAAGAGUCGAGUCCUAGUAUACUAAGCAAUUUCCCUGUUCUGUUCAUCCAUUUGUAAUUCGUGUACUCCCUCCCACGCCUUAGCCCGCUAAAUGUCUUCAAUGUUUUGUGUCGAGUCCUAGGGCAGCGACUGGAGCAUGAAAAUGAACAAGAACAUGAGUUAAAA